UCUCAGCCUCUGGCUUAGUUUCGUCCUCCCCCUUGGCCCCGCUCUGUCCUCCCUCCCGCAGGUCCCGGCUGGCAGAGCGAAGGGUCCCGUCCCAUGGCCGCGUUCCCUGAGGAGCCAGGGCUCCUGUCCUGCGGGUCCUGUGACAUGGUCUUCCGCUCCUGGCCACUGCUGGCCACCCACACUCAGCGCUUCUGCAUUGGCCGUCUGACCCGCGAGGUUGUGCCACAAGAACACCAGGGCCUCCCAGACCAGGAGGCCAGCGAAUUGGCUCUAAAGCAGCUAACCGAGGAGGUGCAGCGGCUGUGGCUGUACCUCCAGGACAUGCUGCCCUGGAUAACAGAGGUCCCCAGGGGACUAGAAGGGCCCCGCAGAGAGGCGCCCGCGCACGGCCCCACCGCCGAAGCUGCUGGAAGCCCUGGGGAGCGGCUUCGGGCGCUGCAAGGGACUCACGCAAAGCGGGUGGCGGAGACGGAGUCGCAGAGCCGGGCUCUGGAGCGACGCCGCGAGGAACUGAGCCAGCGCCUCCAAGGUUUGGCCCAGACCCGGGCCGGAAUAGCACGCCUCCGAGGCCUGGAGCGGGAGCUUCGAGAACUCCGGGCGGAAGCCAGGCGAUCGCGCGGAGCUCUGGACGCGCUGGGGGCGCAGGUUCGGCUGCUGCAGCCCGAGCCCGGGACCCGGCCCCACGCCUCGCGAGAGGCGGAGCUGUGUUGCCCGGUGCUGCAGGCCACCCCGGCGACUCUGGCUGCCGAGAUCGGGGCCCUGCGUGAGGCCUACGUUCGAGGCGGGGGCCGGAACCCCGACGUUCUGGGCCACAUGUGCCAACUGCAAGUGGAGGCAUCAGCACUGGAUCUGCGGCGGCUGCAGCCCCGCAGAGGGCGGGCGGGAGGCGGCUUUGGCGAGCUUCUGGCAGUGGAAGCUGAAAACCGGCGCCUGGAGGCAGAAAUCCUGGCCUUGCGGAUGCAGAGGGGCGCAGGCCCUGCGUCCUGGGGUCAGCGAGCGCCCUUGCCCCGCGCCAUCUCGCUCUCCCAGGAGGCCGAGCUCAGAGGAAGGGGUUAGAGGGACUACGCGAGGGAAGAUCCCCCACGCCUCCCGCCGCCGGUGGCUCCUCCGCUGCCGCCGCGUCCACCUUCGGCAGGCCUGCGGGCCCUGGGAACCAUGACCAGAAACCUAGGCCUGGAUCCGCACUUCCUCCUGCCCGCUCCUGACGUUCUGGGCCCUGCACCCUACGACCCUGGGGCUGGCCUGGUCAUUUUCUAUGACUUCCUUCGGGGCCUUGAGGCUUCUUGGACUUGGGUGCAACUGGUAACUGGCUUGACCCGCGAUGGACAGGAUACAGGAGGGGCCACAGCAUUGCCUCCAGCCCUUUGCUUGCCCCCACCUCCAGCUCCGGGGCCUGUGGGCAACUGUGCCAUCCUUGCCAGCAGGCAGCCUGUACCCAGACUGCCACCUUCACCAUCAGUAUCCCUGGUCUGUGAGCUACAGGCCUGGCAGGGGCUGGCAGGGGCUGGGGAACCACGGCCCAAGGCUUGGGCCUCCCUGGUGCUCUUUGACUGGGAUCAAAGGGUGCUGAGUGGACGUUGGCGUCUUCCACUUCGGGCCCUCCCUCUGGACCCCAGCCUUAGCCUUGGACAGCUGAAUGGGAUUCCCCAGGUAGGUCAGGCCGAGCUCUUUCUGAGACUGGUUAACGCAAGAGAUGCGGGUGUCCAGACACUGGCAGAGAUCAACCCAACAAACACCCAGGAGUACCAGUACCCACCUCCGACGUCCUGCUCACCUUCACUAGAAGCAAGCUACCUUGUCCCCACAGCUGGCUUUGUCGACCCCCCUCCUCCUGCAGAAGAGCCCCUCAGCAGCAGAGUCAAGGAAGAUGAGGAUUUGGGCCCUCAUCCCAGCUUUGACCCACUCCCUCUGGCUUUGAGUUUAAGGAACGUGGACAUGAGUAGCUUCCCAUACACAGAACUAGGACUUCAGAAUGAGGCCUGUUGCCAGAACUGCAGCUUUACUACUCCAUGUUCUCAGGGGGUUUUAGACAGCAAAUAG